UGCGGCAAGACGUAAGUGACGGAAAAGGUGGCGCGACUACUGCUGGAGGGCAGAGGAGGCGGCGUGGCCCGUCCUGUCCUCGCCAUGAGGCCUCAGCAGGCGCCAGUGUCCGGGAAGGUUUUCAUUCAGCGAGACUACAGCAGUGGCACUCGCUGCCAGUUCCAGACCAAGUUCCCCGCGGAACUGGAGAACCGGAUUGAUAGACAGCAGUUUGAAGAAACAGUUCGAACUCUAAAUAACCUUUAUGCAGAAGCAGAGAAGCUUGGGGGCCAAUCAUACCUUGAAGGCUGUUUGGCAUGCUUAACAGCAUACACCAUCUUCUUAUGCAUGGAAACUCAUUAUGAGAAGGUUCUGAAGAAAGUCUCCAAAUACAUCCAAGAGCAGAAUGAGAAGAUAUAUGCUCCCCAAGGCCUCCUCCUGACAGAUCCCAUUGAAAGAGGACUUCGAGUUAUUGAAAUUACCAUUUAUGAAGACAGAGGCAUGAGCAGUGGAAGAUAAACCAUGUAAUUACAGAUCCCACCUCCAGCUGGACCCUCAUCUAUCCACUGGCUGAUCAAACAGUGUCCCCUACCUCCUUUCCAGAGCAUCAUUCCUUUGUAUCUGCUGCCAGAGCCACGGUGCCAUUUACUCCAAGGACUAACUUUCUAAAAUUCCACACCUUGAAUGACUGCUAGUCGCUCAGCAUCCACUUUGUGUCUCCAAAUUGUGUAGAACUCUGUAAUCCUUUGAUUCUGACACAAUGAAGCAUUUCACUUUUUUUAUUCGAAGUUAUUGAUAAAAUAACUUCGAAUAAAAAAAUAUUUGAAUAAUAAGUUGGUCAGCCCAAUGCAAAGUUUAUUUCUUAUCUGCCACCAGGACCAGUGGUUCUCUUCAUUCCAUGGGCCAGCCUCCCAGGUGGCUCUAGACUUCAAGUCCUAUCUUAGUCAGUGUUCAGUCUUAUUCCCCAAAAGUAAUAAAAUGCUUCUCUCCAGGAUUUUGGUGAAGGAUAGGUUGUAUCUGUGGUUUUGCUAAUGCAUCUCCCAGAUUUCAAAGAACUACCAGUUUUGCCAUGACUCAAAUCUUAAAGGUCUAUUUCUGCUGUGCAGUUUCUCAAACUGACAGCUCAUUGGAAAAAUAAUGUAUAAUGUUAUUUUAUUAUAGCAAUUAUUCCUAAUUAAAGCAGUAUUUAAUGCAAUUUCCAGUUAUUUUCCAUUGGAGAAUUUUGUUAUUGCAUUAUCUUGAAUGUUGGGAAGAUGUGGUGUUGCUCAUUCCUUACAAAAAUAAGUAAGCACAAUAAAGUGGAUGCUACACCAUCAAACAUAAAUGUCCCUGCUGUGUUCCUGAAUGUGUAAUAAGAAAGUGUAAUAAAUAUUUUCAUUAUAGUUUUGUUAUAUAAAUAUAACUUAUAAGAAAAAUUUGAUAGGAAUACUGUAUAUUGCUAAUUUUUAACUAUUCCUACUGGCAAACUUUAUGAUUCUAGACUUUCCUCAUAUACAGUAUUCAGUGCACAGAAAUCUUUUGAUCAGUUCAAGUACAAUAAGUUAAGUGAUUUCCAACUAAAACUCUCAAGUCCAAGUCAGUAAUUAUAGUUCUUUGGCUGGUAUGUUCUCAGUGUCAGGGCUGCUUAUGCCCUUCAUUCAUCAUUGGGUUUGAGAGCACUGUGUUUGGGAGAAAGUUAGGAAAUAUAUUAGGAGAGAAUGAAACAAAAGUUUUGCUUUCAGAGAUACUGUAGGUGCUAAUACUGGAUAUAAUCUUUCAGAUUUAGUUUCUUUUAUGGAUCUGUUAGUUAUUCAGUAAAUCCCAUAAGUCUGUAAUAUUUUAAUUGUAUAAAACUCCUUUGUUACUUUAUAGCCUGUAAUAACGUGUCUGCCUUUUAAACCUGUUGCAAUAACUCUGCUGAGAUAGUAACACAUAAGUAAAAAUUUUCUUAAACAAA